AGGGGGCGGUGCACCUCUCCGGAACACCCCUCCUGCCCCCAAACAACUCACACACACUGUGACCAGCUGCCAGACAAGCAGACAGGCAGGCAGCCUCCUCGCUACAACCAGCACUACUCUCACCGCCGCAGUCACAGCAGCGUCUCAUGCCUUCACCUGCUCCGGGAGAGACAGCAGUCCAUCUGUCAGUCCGUCCGUGCAGCCGAGCAGCCGGGGAGGUGGAAGCCUGAAGCGUUCAGAUGAAGAUGCUGGAAAACGGGAGGAAGGUGUUCAAGGAGGGUCUGCUGGAGAAGCGGAGCGACGGGCUGCUGCAGCUUUGGAAGAAGAAGCACUGCGUCCUGACCGAGGACGGCGUGCUGCUGCUGCCGCCCAAGCAGCACGACCAGCCGCAGCACCACCAGCCGCACCACGGCGGCGGGGACGCGGGCAAAGUCAAGGAGCUGCACUUCGCCAACAUGAAGACGGUGGACUGCGUGGAGCGGAAGGGCAAGUACGUGUACUUCACGGUGGUGAUGACCGAGGGGAAGGAGAUCGACUUCAGGUGCCCGCAGGACGAGGGCUGGAACGCGGAGAUCACCUUGCAGAUGGUCCAGUACAAGAACCGGCAGGCGAUCCUGGCCGUCAAGUCCACCCGGCAGAAGCAGCAGCUGCUGGUCGUGCAGAUGCCCGGCCAGAAGACCGUCCGCAGCUCGCCUAAUGUUGCGUGACCUGCGGCGUGUCCCGCGGACAUUGUUGCGCCAUUAGCGGUUAAUUGGACACUCAGCUGGAGGAUUAUUAUCUCCCCCUGCCACUUCAGCGCCAAGCUCCACUCUCCAGGAGAACCCCUCAUCCAUGUAGUGGUUUCCACACACCAGUGGCCCCGGUCCCCUUUUCAAUACAAAGACUUAUUUCACAAAAGACUGAUCAACAAAAAGCAUGUGAGAAAACAGGUGUAUUCUACCGUGCGAUGGGUUUAUCCCUUAUUUAUUAUAUGUGUAUAUAUAUUUUCUAUGAAAAAUGUUAUGAUGUUGAUGAAUGUUCAGUGUGGUUGUUGCUAGAGAGGAACCAGAAAUACUCGCUUGGAGGUUCAUAGCCCACGUUACACACAAAGUCCUUUGGGAAUAUGCUUACAUAGUUAUCUUAGGAUGGUUGCUGUAGAUUAGUCAAAUCAGUUCUUUACUGGUAAAAUGUGUCAUUGUCCAUGUUUUCGUUUUUUAACUGAACCAAAGAAUCAUUUCUCUCUCUAGUGCAGUGUUACAACUCAGAAUAUACUAUACUAAAAUACUAUAGAUAUGAUGAGAUACCUGCAUGACCUAUAUCUAAUUUAUUUGAUAGCUUUUAUUAUUAGCUACAGUACAUCUUCGUAUUUUCAUUGUAUACAAGAAUCAUUUCCAUCAUUUUAUUUGACUGCUUUUAUCGAUACAAAAGCUAUCCUUUGUUUUCUUGUGAGUCUUAAAUCUGAGUAAGAUACUAGCUUUCCACUCAGUUUGUUUUCAGUGGUUACAGAGACAAGCUUAUUCAUUUAAUAAGUCAGUAACAUGCACAGUGGAGGUUUUGUGAAAUUGAUAAUUCUCAGGAGCUGAACUGCUCUAAACAAAAUUUAAUUGGUUGCAUUCAAUCUUAGUGGGUGGGGACAAAUUACCACUGUUCUGGCUUGGUAAGUUCUGUCUGAGACUAAAAAGGAAACAAAUGCUUCUUCAAUUUGAUAACCAAAAACAAGGAGGAAAAGUACCUUUGACAUUUUCAAAUCUGUGGAAAUUCAGAGGCUUCCUCUGUGUUCAAACGUCUUGGUCAUAACAGGAGAAGCUAUUGUAGCCUGUCAGCUGUCAAACCAUCCAUCUACUUUUAUUUGGCCCUCCACCUGCUCCACAAAAGAGGCACGUUUGUAGACAACUAUGACAGGAGUCAAUGGUUUAAUUAGGUCUAUUGAAUAAACUGUGUGAACUUAUUGCCCUGUUAGAGAUUGUGCCAACUAGCUUCCGUACUGUCAGUUAGCAAGCUAGCUAGCUUGUCAGUAACAAAAGAUCUAUUAUGACUGACCAGUACCAGCAUGUUCCCUAUAAAAUGUACUUGUUUUAAAGACAUUUUGUGGUGUACUGGAGAAAGACUUCCUGGUCCAACGUGUGUCACAUGACCUACAGUUAACUGGGCCACUCAGCUAAAAUCACAUGUCAACGUAGUGCUGCUACAAGGUCCUGUUAUUGCUCUCAAGGUUUGAAAGCUGUCAUGUGUAAGAUUAUCUUCUCCAAUCGUUGCUCAUUGUCCUUGGCUACAAAAUUGUGACAGAUUUUGUAUACAAAAUAAACCCGUUUGAAGCUAGUUAGCUAGCUGCUGACUUUCCAGUAUAAACAAAUGUUUUUGAAAUGUCCUUGGCAAUGCAAGCUUACCAACUAGCUAAAUUAAGCUAAAACAGACUCUCUUUUUUCCCACCAGCUUUCUGCCAACUCUGCUUCUGAUUGGCAAGUACUUGUUGCCUUCGUUGGUUAAGUUGGUUAGGGGAAAGGGGUUAGCCAAUCAGAGACAGCGUAUGGGACAUGACUUGACCAUUGACUGUAUUAAAGUGGACGUAGUCACUUAUCGGUUUGUGGACUGCCGUUUUGAAGCCUAGAUUUUGGCAUUAUGGCCGUCACCAUAUUAAUUUUUUGCAACCAGCGGCAUCGGACGUAAUCAUAUAUGGACAAUUCUGUGGAGCUAGCCACCUUGGUUAGCAAGGUGCAUCUGUAAUUCACGUUGUCUGUGAUUUGAUGCAAAUUUUGGCUAUUGAAAAACAGGCUAAAAAUGUAGGCCUGCUCACCAGAGAAAAUAAACCGCCGACUCUUAAUAAGCUUUUUCAAUGGCGCUGGUUAAAUGUAAAUAGUGCAGCGGAUACGAGUCACUUUAGCCUGAUUUACAGGUCGCCAUGGUAGCUACUUGUCAAUCAAAAGGUAGUCCCGUCCAAAGCAUCCCCUACUUUAUAGUCUAUUUUCUCUCUAAAUGGGAGCAUAUUUACUAAAUGAACAUCAUACUUUAUUGAAGAUGACUUGAUAACAGCGACUAAACUAUAAACUCAUUAUGAAAAUGUUUAUUAAGGUAAUAAAACAAGUGGGAAGUAGGGGCAUUUUACCAUUAUUUCUAAUGGAACCGGACUUCUUUUUGCAACCAGUGGAGUGACCCCCUGCUGGCUGUUAGAGAGAAUGCAGGUUUUAGGACUUCCGCAUUGGCUACACUUUUCGGACCCAGACGUUCCCCCUUGGGCCUGACAAAAAAAUGGCAGGAGUUGUUGGAAAGCUGGUAGGAAAAAAAAUGACACAUUUGGCUCCACCCACUUUACCACAGCCAAUCAUAUUAUUUCUGUCUCUAUAGCAGGUCUGCCCCCCAGAGAAAUGUUCAUAAAACUAUAUCUCUAGUCUGCAGUUUUAAUACUGCAAGGCAUGCAAUGUUUUUCAUGACAAAAAGAACAGACUGAACAGUGUGAUUGUUUUGAAAGUUAUAAAGAUGGCGAUACACAGGGAAACAUCACGUGUUAAUGUGUCAACUAACGGUCUCUGAAAUUGCAUCAGUAUAGCUUUUUUUCAUGAUAGAGGGAUGUCUUGCCGUCACAAAACAUUUUAUUUCACUAUGGCCCAUGCUGUUUCCUGUUUGCUGGAAGUGUUUCCCUCUGCACCCCCCUCUUGCCAGUGUUUCACCGCUGAACCAACACAUGCCUCCUUGUUGUUGUCAUCUCCCACACAGGGUAAUAGCUGUGCCCUUUAUCUAAUGCGACGGGUGUGAUGCUUCUCUGACAUGCCUUCCUGUUGCCAUCAUUAUACACAGUUAUAGCUGUGCCCUUUGUAGCCACUGUCCAAUUUCUUAUUUCAACGUGAGAUCUAUUUUCAUACUUUGAAAAGAUACAUUCCAUUAAAGAAAACAAAAACAG